AUGCUUACAUUUCUUUAUUUUCAGGAGCUGAAUCCUUCUGUGGAAGUGGGAUUUGUUUUGCGGAGUGCCGAGGAUUUGAUUGCGGAGGAUGAUUUAAAAUUUUUAUUUCAAUUUACUGUUGUGGUUGGAAGCAAUCUGCAAGCGGAAGAUGCUGCGCAAAUAAGCGAUUAUUUGUACAAGAGAAAUAUACCUUUCGUAUAUGCACGGGCAUACGGGUUGACUGGCUAUGUAAGAGUAUGUGUUCGAGAACAUACAAUUUUCAAUUCACAUGAGGAGAAUGUGGCACCCGAUUUGAGACUUGACCGUCCGUUUCCAGCACUGAUUGAUCUAGUGGAAGCAACAGAUCUUGAUGCAAUGGAUUAUGAAGCGCAUUCGCAUACGCCAUACUUGAUUCUUUAUUUAAAAGCGCUUGAUCUGUGGCGUGAAAAAUACGGCAAAGAUGAUUUCCCGGACAACUACGCAAAGCGAAAAACAUUCGAAGAAGUAUGUUUACAAGUUUCUCUUUACUGUGCUAAAUUUGAAAUAACUCGCUGCUGGAUUGGAUAA